UAAAGGUAAGGAGAAGCAUCUAAGACCAACUUCCAAAGAGAUCUGCCUUCAGCACGAGACAAGAAAAGCAAAAUGAUUGAGCCUAUGGGAAAUCAGUAUGUUGUGGCCAGACAAGUGUAUUCACAAAAUGCCUUUGGUGAAGAACAUAAGAAGAUGAAAAGAUACCACAAGACAAUUUUGGAUCAUUUCAGGAUAUUUUUCAGGUGUUCCUCCCAAAAGGCCAAGAAAAUUGCCCUUUCUUUGUUCCCUAUAGCCUCUUGGUUACCUGCAUAUAAGGUAAAGGAAUGGUUGCUCAGUGAUAUUGUUUCUGGCAUCAGCACCGGACUGGUGGCUGUACUGCAAGGUAUGGCUUUUGCUUUGCUGGUGAACAUCCCCCCAAGUUACGGGCUCUAUGCAGCCUUUUUCCCGGUCAUAGUCUACUUCUUCUUUGGUACUUCUAGACACAUAUCUGUUGGUCCUUUUCCAGUUCUGAGCAUGAUGGUGGGAGCAGUAGUUACGAAAACAGGAUUCACUGAAGACUCUGAUAAAGUAGCUGCAGCUGCUGCUGUCACCAUUCUAGCUGGAAUUAUUCAGCUCGCCCUGGGAAUAUUACAGGUUGGAUUCAUAGUUGUCUACUUAUCUGAGUCACUAAUUAGUGGCUUCACAACAGCUGCAGCAAUUCAUGUUUUAGUGUCCCAGCUGAAAUUUAUACUCCAGCUCUCAGUCUGUUCUCAGACUGACCCUUUUUCAAUUUUCAAAGUACUAAAAUUUAUCUUUACACAAAUUGAGAAGAGUAAUAUUGCAGAUCUUGUGACAUCUCUCAUAGUGCUGAUAAUUGUGUUCAUAGUUAAAGAAUUAAAUCAGAGAUAUAAAAACAAACUUCCAGUACCCAUUCCAAUCGAACUCAUCAUGACAGUCAUUGCAGCAGGAGUGUCCUAUGGUUUUGAUUUUGAAACCAGAUUUAAGGUGGCAGUGGUUGGUAAAAUGGAAAGUGGAUUUAAGGCACCUUCUUUAUCCUUUAAGAAUAAUUUGCAAGAUAUCAUCGGGGAUGCCUUCUCCAUUGCAAUUGUUGGAUUUGCAGUAGCAUUUUCUGUUGCAAGUGUAUAUGCUAUUAAAUAUGAUUAUCACAUUAAUGGAAAUCAGGAGUUAAUUGCCUUUGGAUUGAGUAACAUAGUUGGUGCAUCAUUCAAAGGUUUUGCUGCUAGCACUUCUCUUUCCAGAUCAGGUGUUCAGGAAAGCACAGGAGGCAAAACUCAGAUUGCCGGGUUACUAUCAGCUAUUAUUGUUUUGAUAGUCAUUUUGGCUAUUGGAUUUCUUCUGCAGCCAUUACAAAAGUCUGUACUGGCAGCUUUAGCUCUCGGAAAUUUAAAGGGGAUGCUGAUGCAAUUUACAGAAGUGCACAAAUUAUGGAAGAAGGACAAAUAUGACUGUUUAAUUUGGAUUUUUACUUUCCUGGCUGCUAUUAUUCUGGGACUUGGUUUGGGAUUAGCAGCUGGUGUUGCAUUCCAGCUCCUCACCAUUGUUUUCCGGACUCAAUUCCCUAAAUGUAGCACAUUGGCCAAUGUUGGAAGAAGCAACAUCUACAAGAACAAAAAAGAUUACCCUGAUAUUUAUGAGCCAGAAGGAGUAAAGAUUUUCAAAUGUUCAUCUCCUAUCUAUUUUGCAAAUAUUAGUUUCUUCAAGAGAAAACUUAUUGAUGCUGUCGGUUUUAAUCCAGCUAGAAUUUUGCGAAAGCGUAAUAAAGCCCUGAAGAAAAUCAAAAAGUUGGAGAAGAAGGGACAAUUGCAAAUAACACCUAAAGGAUUUAUAUAUACUGCUGAUGGCUUCAAAGACUCUGAUGAUGAGCUAGAUAACAAUCACAUAGAAGAAUUGGAUCAGCCUAUCCAGACUACAGAUCUACCCUUUCAGAUAGAUUGGAACUCAGACCUUCCUCUCAACAUCGAAGUUCCCAAAAUCAACAUCCACAGUCUCAUUCUUGACUUUUCAGCUGUAUCAUUUGUUGAUAUUUCUUCAAUGAGGGGCCUUAAAUCGAUUUUGCAAGAAUUUCUCAGGAUCAAUGUGGAUGUGUAUAUUGUUGGGACUGAUGAUGAUUUUGUAGAAAAACUUGAACGGUGUGCCUUUUUUGACCAUGAAGUCCAGAGUUCAAUAUUUUUCCUGACAAUUCAUGAUGCCAUUUUGCAUAUUUGGAUGAAAAAGAACGACAUUAUUUCCAAGUUCAACCACAGUCAGGAGAAAGAAAUGAAAGUUGAUUUUACUAUAAACACAAAUGGAGGACUAUGCAAUAGGGACUGCCAGGUAAGGUUCAUCUGCCAAAGAAUUGACCGAUAAUUCCCACAUG